AAAAACAAAAGAAAAGCCACCUCAGCUCUCCCAGCCAGCCUCCUCACAACCCCUGCCCGAACAUGAAACAAGAAGCUUGCUCACGUUUUUUUUCUCUCUCUGAAACUAAAACUAAAACUAAAUCCCUCUCUCUUUCCAAAAAUGCAAAUCUUCUGAAAAGGAACUCCAAACCCUAAUUUAAUUAUUAUAUUCUUUUCUUUUACUUUCUGUCUAGAUUUCGAAUAUCUCGAUUUUGAAUCUGUGAAAUGUGUUUUCUGGAAAACGAUUGAAGAGGGAAACAAAGACGAAGAAGCAUAGGAUUUAGUUUUCUUUAAUUUUAUGUGGAGCAGAGAAAUGAGUUUGUUAUUGAUGAAUCAAGUUCGGCGAUGGCAGAGGACCAUGAUCCUCUCGUUGCUUUGUGUUUCGGUGAUCGCUCCGAUUGUGUUCGUCUCUACCAGACUCAAAACCUUCAGUCCCGUAGGAAAGAAAGAGUUCAUGGAUGACUUGUCUACUACAAAACUUUUGACAGAGAAUAUAAGACUUAAUGCAAUUGAGCAGGAAGCUGGGGAAGGCAUAAAAGAGCCAAAACUGGUGGUAUACAAAGACAAGGAUUUUGGUUCUGCAGUUAGUUUAGGCAAUUCUGAUGAGAAUAACAAGUCCGACCAAUUUGAUAGUGCUGGCAAUACUUUCAAUAUUUUGGGAAGUAAUGGAAAGAAUGGUGAAAGAAAAGAAGAAAAAAAGCAAUUAGAAUGGAAGGCAGUAUCCCAUGAAAAGAGGCAGACCAAUCUAAAAGCAGCUCAACAUGAUGAAAAGCCACACCCUCCAGUGUUGAGAGUGACAGAUGUGAAGGUGAGGCUGAUCAGAGAUCAAGUGAUUAGAGCUAAAGCAUACUUGAGUUUUUCACCAUCAGGCAGUAAUUCUCACUUAGUAAGAGAGUUGAGAACUCGAAUUAAGGAGUUGGAGCGAGCAGUGGGUGAUGCCACUAAGGAUUCGGAUUUAUCAAAGAGAGCUUUGCAGAAAAUGAAAGGAAUGGAGGUUACCUUGUACAAAGCCAGUCGUGUCUUCCCCGACUGCCAUGCAAUGGCUACUAAGCUCCGUGCUAUGGCACACAAUGCUGAAGAAUAUGUCCAUGUGCAGGAGAAUCAGGCUUCAUAUCUUAUUCAGCUUGCUGCUAGAACCACCCCAAAAGGCCUUCAUUGCCUUGCUAUGCAGCUGACAACUGAAUACUUUUCCCUGCAACCCGAAGAGAGGCAGUUCCCGAACCAAAAGAAGUUGCACAGUCCAAAUCUUCAUCACUAUGCUGUUUUCUCUGACAAUAUUAUGGCUUCUGCUGCGGUUGUUAACUCCACAGUUUCUUCUGCAGCGGAACCAGAGAAAAUUGUAUUUCAUGUGGUGACUGAUUCUCUCAACUUCCCAGCAAUCUCCAUGUGGUUCUUAUUCAAUCCUCCUGGCAAAGCUACUAUCGAGGUCCAGAGCCUAGACGACUUCAAAUGGUUUUCCACCAAUUAUGAUUCAAUAUUGAAGAAGCACAAUACAGAGGACCCAAGAUUUGCUUCAGCACUGAACCACCUUCGCUUUUUUCUUCCAGACGUCUUCCCUGCAUUGAAUAAGGUUGUACUUUUUGACCAUGAUGUGGUAGUGCAGGGUGAUCUAUCUAGACUUUGGAAUGUUGACAUGAAAGGGAAAGUAAAUGGUGCAGUGGAGACUUGUAAAGCAACCGAAGCUUCUUUUCGUCGGAUGGAUAUGUUUCUCAACUUCUCAGAUCCAUUGGUAGCAAAUAGAUUUGAUGUCAAUGCUUGUACAUGGGCAUUUGGGAUGAAUUUGUUUGAUCUUCAACGGUGGAGGAGAAGGAAUCUAACUUCUGUAUAUCAUAAAUAUUUACACCUGGGAUAUAAGAGGCCAUUGUGGAAGGCUGGGAGCUUGCCUUUAGGUUGGGUCACUUUCUAUAACCAGACAGUGGCUUUAGGCCGGAGAUGGCAUUUGCUUGGGCUAGGUUACAACUCAGGCAUCCCAAGGCGAGAAAUUGAGCAAGCAGCAGUGAUUCACUAUGAUGGAGUAAUGAAACCAUGGUUGGACAUCGGAAUUUCGAAAUAUAAAGGCUACUGGGGAAAACAUAUCAAAUACGAUCACCCCUUUUUACAACGGUGCAACAUACACGAGUAAUUGAGUAUUUCUACAUUAAUAAGGGGUAGAAUUUAAUUGAUCUACACUACACCACAUUAUUCUGGCUACACUUUAUUCUUUGAUGAUCUCAUGUAAAUUUCAACCCAAUUUUAUUCCAAAAUUUUUCCGGCAGUAAUGUUCUAGGUGCUGAGUAUCAUGCGACUUAUAGCAAUAACUAAGUGUUGUAGCAAGUCUCUAGGUUAUGUUAUAGUGCUGGACUGGAAGAAGUCUGUACAUAACCCUCAUUUCACGUUAUUGCCUUUGAAUGAUAUGGUUGGAAAAGGACAGCCGUAUUAUUCAUUUUUACAUCAUUUGUAUUGAUGAUUCCUAAGUUCCAUAUUUGUUUUUGGAUCUCUAUCCUAAUACGCGUCUCCGAGGUGUCAGUGAUUUGGUUGAUGAACUUGACUGGAUGCGAGAGGAUGAAGUGGGAGACACGUGGGAGUAAGUGGUUGGAGGUGUGUGGAUAAAGGAUAUCAAAUGAUGGAUUACCUAUCCAAUCGUCAUGUGUGGUGGCAAGUUCGGACUCAAAAAUAUUAUCCUGUAAAUAAUUUUCCAAAUUACAUACAAAAAUUAGCUCUAAAUUCAACUUCUUCUCACACCGUUUUGAACAAAACAAUGGCCACCAUUUCCGCCGCUGCCUCAACUUCUUCGGUCACCCGAGCCACUCUUGUUCACAGGCCUCCCACCGGGGCGUCUGCAUCACCUGUUCUUGGGUUGCCACGAAUGGCAAUGAAGGGGAAAGUAAGGUUUUCCAUGAAGGGAAAGCAGGACAAUAAGCCAUGCUUGGGAAUGAGCGCAUCAGUGUUGGCAGCUGCCUGCGCAGCCACCAUGUCAAACCCUGCAGCCAUGGCUCUGGUGGAUGAGAGAAUGACCACUGAAGGAACAGGUCUUCCAUUUGGUUUGAGCAACAAUCUUCUUGGGUGGAUUCUUUUGGGUGUGUUUGGUCUAAUUUGGGCUCUUUAUUUCCCUUACACUGCUAGUCUUGAUGAAGACGAAGACUCUGGAUUGUCCCUUUGAAUCCAUGCCAAACCAAAUCCCCAUUACAGAAAUGUAAAGAGUUUGGCCAUUAGUCCUGUGUUACAACUGUAGUAAAACUACCUUUUUCUGUGGCUUAUUUGUGUAUUGUUUCUCAACUCUUUGAUUUCAUUUCUGUUUUUGCUUCAAUGAUCCUGUUCAUGGAAUCAUGUAGAGAUUGUAUGAUCAAAAGGAAAAUAAUGGAUCUGAAUUGGUCAUGCUGCAACCAUUCAUGCUCAUUGCAAGCAUAACUAUGAGAAGACCUCCUAUCAUAAUAAAUCAGUUGAUCAUCUUUGCCAGUAA